CUCGGCCUGCCAGCCUCCUCCUUGCAUCCCUUUCGCAUCAGGAUGUGAGGAUUUGCGACCCACACCCGUGUCAAGCAACAAACACCUCGCAGCCUCUCCAUUGGCGCAUCGAUCGGUCUGGCGCCGUCCCGAUCGUGUUCUCGUCAACGCCUCGAUAGGCUCGGCGUCGAUAAUUUCCUUAAUUUCCCCCGCGUCGUGACACUUGCGCGCCGUCAGCUCUGCGAUCUGAUUAGCCAGGGGCUAAAUUGGGAGCACGAACAGUCAACCUUGACAAUCACCCCGUCAUCAGCUCUUUGUUGGAACUCGUCGUUUACUCUUCGCUUUCCCAACUGUUCUCUCCACGUCCGCACCCCAACAGGUCAAACUGGCUCCGAGAGCCUAUCGACCUCGCGUCGAGAAGGCAUUCGGAAAAUCGCAAAUCUACCAGCCCGUCGAAACCGCCGAAAUGACCGACAUGUCGACCACGCCAUCGCCGCAGCCCGAAUUGAAUCGGAACCGACUGCCGACUCUUUUCGAGGUUCUCAGCCGACGAACGCUUCCUCCAGUCGACCUCUUCUCAUUCUACAUAUAUAUGAGAGACCAGCAGCGAUCCGUCGACUACCUAGACUUCUGGCUCGAUGUCGCCCAGCACAUGACACUAUGUCGCCACUACGUCCGCGAGCUCCGACGUUCGGUGCUUAUUGGGACGCCGGACGCAGAGAAGGCAUCGAAGCGGUCCUCAGCGAUGCUGGAGGGCCUGGGAUCCAUGGACCACGACGCGGGCCCGUCACGAUUUCCGCACGGCAAGGAGAAGGAUCAGGAUGCUCAGAUGUCGGCCUUCCUUAGAGAGGAGGGCGCACCAGGCGGCAUCCACGAUUCCCCGCAAAGCAGCGGCUCCCGCCGCCCUCCGAAUAGUGCUGGCUCUCUCCGCAACCCAACCGAUUCCAACUCGCCUGAACACACAGUCGCCAGGGAAGACAUCCGCGCCUCGGCCGAAAAGAUUCUGUACACCUUCCUACUUCCGGGGGCCGAGAGGGAGAUUGUGCUCCCCGGGUCCAUCACACAGGACGUCACCACGGCUAUCGAGGACUUUGGGCGCGACGACCCAGAAGUCUUCGACGUGGCUAAGGACUACGUCUUCCAGGCGAUGGAGCGGGAUGCGUUCCCAGGUUUCUUGAGAAUGAAGGCGCUCGGCAAUCUCAUCCCCCCGACGCUCAUCAUGCGCCUUAUUAUAGGCAUGGUGUCGAUGUUUGGAGCCUUCUGGACUGCCUUUGUUCUCAUAUUUCUCGACGCCUCCAGACAAACCAGGCUAUGGCUCAUCCUGCCGUUCACCAUCGGUGUCUACUGCUUAGCAGCGUACCAAUAUUCGCUAGACCCAAUCCUCGCCCUUCUCGGUUUCAGCGAAUACACGCCAUUCAACUUCUCGCGGAUUCGGGAGCCGUACAUCCGCAAGCUUCUGGCAAAACGGUCAAUGAUGGUCCUGGCCGUCACGGCACUGAUCGAUGCUGCCCUGCUCGUGCUUUUCAUCCUAGUUCCAGGCCGCAGACUGUAGAUCAUGUUACAUUCAAUGAUGGUGGCCGGAUUUCAUGGAUUGUUGGGCACGGCGAAUUGGAGCAUCGGCGCUAACUGGCUUGUCAAGGCUUGAUUCUUGGAGCUUUCACCCUGGUAUUUUUGUUUUCCUUCUUUAGACCAAUCGCAAUGUUCUUUUCUCCUUCUAAUUCCCGUUACGAUAUUCACGAGUACGGAAAGGACUAUUUGGUUGGUUUAGGAUACCACUUACUGUACAAUAUCGCACCACUGGUUCCCCUUGUCUCUUUUAGGCCAUCGUGGGACGCGUGUGUGCGGGACUUGAGGCAUGCAGGCCGGCAUCACAUGGUCAGUACUAAUCUCAAGCGAGCGUUGAGCUGCUAUUUUCUUUUGAGGCAGCGCCUAGCUCAGUUUAAGUGCCUGUGAUAUAUGGAUGGUGAUUUUGGGACGGGCACAGCUGGAGUCUGGUUUCUCCGCCAUAUCAGCUUGUAUCGUCUCCCCUUGUC